CACAUUACCCCCUCCAAAACGUGGAAUUUCCAUUUCCCUCCCUCUCCCCCUCUUCCGCCCCAACCUCCAACCUCACCUCGUCGUCGCCACGGCCUCCCUCGCGAGUUCGCCGUGGAACACCCGAUGGGCUCCGGCGAGGACACCGGCGCGGGCGUCGCGGGAGGAGGGGGAGGCGGAGGCGCCGGUGGGGUGGUGCGGGGCGCGGUGCUGAAGGCGCUCGUGGUCGUCGGCGGCGUGCUGCUGCUCCGGCGGCUGCGCCGCUCCACCACCCGGUGGGACCACGCCCGCGCCGUCGUGGACGCGCUCUCCGGUGAGAAGUUCUCGAGGGAGCAGGCGAGGAAGGAUCCUGAUAACUACUUUAAUUUGAGGAUGCUUACAUGCCCUGCAACAGAGAUGGUGGAUGGUUCUAGAGUGCUUUACUUUGAGCAAGCAUUUUGGAGAAGUCCAGAAAAACCUUUCCGACAAAGAUUCUACAUGGUAAAGCCAUGCCCAAAGGAUAUGAAAUGUGAUGUUGAGUUGAGUUCAUAUGCAAUUAGAGAUGUUGAAGAGUACAAGAAUUUCUGUGACCGUCCAAAGGAUCAGAGGCCACAACCAGAAGAAGUCAUUGCGGACAUUGCAGAGCACCUGACUACCAUACACUUGUCGCGGUGUGAGCGUGGAAAGCGCUGCUUGUACAAAGGAUCAACCCCUCCUGAAGGCUUUCCCAACAGCUGGAGCGGUGCGACAUAUUGUACAUCGGAUUUGUCCAUUCACAAGAAUGGUGAGGUGCAUAUCUGGGACAAGGGUUUUGACGAUGAUGGGAAUCAGGUUUGGGGAACCAAAGCUGGCCCUUACGAGUUCAAGCCUGCCCCCAAGUCGAAUUACGACGACAUGUUCUCGCCGUUGAAUUUUUCUGCUCCAUUGACGCUGGAGAAGAAGAUUGAGAGCUCGUUCGCAAUCGAUGAUCAGUAGUAUAUUAGUAUGUACAUACAGUUCAUGUACCUCUCUCUCUUUUUUUUUAAUUUAAGAAAACUAAGCAGAAAAAACUGCCUUCGUUUAGUAUAUAGCCCCGUGUACUGAAUUUUGUUGCUAAGAAAUGCAAUAAAAAGUAGCGUUGCAUGUAUA